AUGGCCGAAGAAGAUGUUUCCAGCCAAGCGGCAUCCAGAAGACGACUCGAGGGUUACGCCACCGUGCUGCGGUUGCUCCAGGAUGCCCAUCCCGAGGACUGCGAUCGUAUCAUCCAGGACCUAAGGAGACCAAAGAGUUUGACCGGUGGCGUCAAGACUGUCCUUGAGACAUGGGCGCCCGAGGUCGAGUAG